CCUUUCUGGAUACAACCAAUUUUGUAAUUAAUGCAAACACAAAAUUAUAAACAGAAAACUCUUUCAACCCGAUAACAAGGCUUUGUUACUUAAUAUACUUCCUAGAUGUCACUACCGGUCAAAAACGACGAACGUGCAUUAGUAUUUUGUUGGUAAUUUAAAAGAUUUUUUUUUUCCUGUGUAUUCCGUAGUUUCUACCGUUUCUAGAAUGACGGAAGAAGCAGACGAUAUACAGCCAAGAUCUGAAUGGAGGAGGAAGUUUAACAGUUACGUCAAACCCCAAGCUUCAGGUUACCCAACAGAAUCAAACUUGAUGCCUAAGAAAUCAGUGACUAUCUUUGGUCGAGAUGUAGCUGCCAUACCUUGCUUCAGAAGCAGCUUCUUGUAUGGAAUUGGAAGUGGAUUUGCAGGCGGUCUCACAUACUUCCUUUUCACAAGCAAUACAAGAUGGGCAACACAUGUGGGAUUCACGUCAUUUGUUAUUGUUACAAUGUCUUAUUGGUUUCACUGUCGAUGGCAAUGGUCCAAGAAGAAAUUUACACAUGGUCAACUGCAGGCUGUUAUGCAGAAGCAGGCAAUGUAUGAAGGAACUGAUUAUGAUCUGACUGAUAAAGGUCAAGUGUAUGAAGUUAAAAAUUAACCAUGAGUUUUGCUGUUAUCAGAUAAUGUGAUAGAAACAUGUAGGAAGUGAAUAAAUAAAAAUAUAUAUUUUUCAUUUAAUUUUACUGAGACUUUUUAUGUUGGAUUUUAUUGCUGUUGCCAAUGCAACAAUAUAAUAAUAAUGUAAAGUCUUAUUCAAAAAAGUGUAGUAUCUAUCAGGUCCCAUUUUUAUCAUUAUCAAAUAAAUAUUGUUUCAAGAGAAAAAGUGGAUGGAUACUGAUGUUUCUAAGUUAAAUAGCAACAUGUACUCUAGGUGCCCACAAAAUUCUUGAUGGUCAGCUACUGGUAGCAGAGUACAUUUAUUAUAUUCCAGAAUUCUGUAUUCAAGGUAAGGUGGUCAAAAUAAAAAGCCCUGGAAAACUGCAUGCAUUUCAAUCUCAGCAUCUUUUCUCUUCUACAUUUUCUGUUUUCUAAAAAGAAAUAACAAGACUGUAAAAGUAUAUAAUGUACACUUAACAGGUGCAUUGGCCAUAAGGAUUAAAAAUAAUGCAAUAAAGGGUAUGACAAACUCUUCAUUUAUAAUAAAAAAAAAAGUUAAAUUCAUAUGCAACUUUUGGCUGUUGGGCUAUGAUACUUGAAUUGCUAAGAAAUAAACUAUACACUGCAGGCAAACUGGAUGAAAAGUAGAUUUUAAUGCUUCAGCACUCACCCUUAUGCUUGUCAAAAUGUAAAUAAUAUGUAAACUUUUGGCUAUAGUCUUUAAAAUCAGUGAAGACUUUUUAUUUUCUAGUUCUGGAAGUCAUGGUUGAUAGAUGAAUACGAGUCCAAAAAUACAGUGCGUUCAGUUAAGGAGGAAACUUCGCAACACCGCUGACCUGGCCCAAAAUUCCUCCCAGAUUGUUGCUGUAACUGCUGAUAGCAGAAUGAGUCAUUAACGCUGAUAAACGUGCACUGUUACAGUUACAGUAGCAAUCUGUGAGGGAUAUCGGGCCGGGUCAGCGGUGUUUCGAAGUUUCCUCCUCGAUUGAACACCCAGUAUAACAUUCCUUCUGUUUAAAUAUCUUGAAACCUGUAAGACUUGUUGAAAAAAAAAAUGUCUUGGACAUAGAAUUUGUUUUUCCCUAAGUUUGUUUAAAAUAUCUCUUCAGUAAAUAUUUAGUGAUACAUGGAGGAAAUCAUGUAGAUCUUCAUGUAAAGAAGCUCUUUGUUAAACUUGUCUGAUAUGAAUAAUUGAAGUGGUUUGACAAACUUUGGAAAAUAUUCAAAUAUGAAAUUUUGUAAAAAUCCCUCUAACUGUUUUGAGUUCAAUUAUUGACCACUGGAGUCAAUAUUCAUAUAAUUUAUCAUUGUCACACACUUGUAGAUAUUGUAACGUGUUUCGUUACUGAAGACGCCAUUC